GCGGUAUCUCAAGCUCAUGGCACCGAAGAGAACGUUAAAUAAACAGCCAAAUAUAGUUUUUUCCCUGUGAUAAAUGACACACUUGUCUUUGCAAAGGGAACUAUCUGCUCUCGUUGGAACUGCGGUUUUGGAGAAUCACCCAGCAUUUUAAAAGGUGUUUUCUUCUGGCCUUUCACAGUUUACACACCGUGCUCCAGACGCAACGUUCUAGCACACUUCACAAACUUCAACACCGUUUGGGAACUGCUCGGUCGUCCUCGUACAAAUGUGACCUGGCAACACCAGUAAACCACGAACGGAGCUGUCAUUUCUAGGUUACGACAGUAACCACCUUGUGAGGAUCUGAUCUGGGAAGCGAGUGCUGCAGUUUCGAGCGACACGAGGAACGCGUGCUUAUGUUACUUUUUUGCACUAACUUUCUUACCGCUCAACAGGACUUCAUCGUGAACGAUGGAUUAUUAACUGUUUACAUAUAUUCAAGCGUGUAUCUAGCCAAUCAGCUGAAUUGGGCACAAAACCAAAUUGAUCGAUUAUCGAUGUUAUUAAUCGAUUAAGGGCUGCAUCAAUUGCUAGAAUUGAAAUCAGCAAUUAGGCGUGUGAAUAGUUUAUCUCCAUUGUUCUAUAAUUAAACGGAGAUGGAGGGUCGGGAUGACAAAGGGAAUAAAGAGAGUAAUCUCUCGAAGCCAGAUAUUCAAAAGUUUGCUCUCUGGUACAUUGGCUGGUCCUCCUUGGACAAGCGUACUACCCUGCCUAUGCUACCGUGGUUGGUGGCGGAGAUCCGGAAGAAAAGUGAGAAGAACGAAUCGGGACGCGAGACUUGUUCCGUCCAGGCCAGGGAAGUUCAACUGGUGCUCACCCCGCCGUUUAUUCGAUGUGUGCCCGCCAACAAUGUCGCCAACUCGUCCGUCUUCAUCUUCGAGCAUAAAGCGCAGUUCAUCUCACGUUUUAUCCACAACAGUAAUGACCUCACAUAUUUCGCCUACCUUAUCCGGAGCCAGCCCGACAACCCAGAGUCUGAGAUGGCAUGCCAUGUCUUCAGGGCAUACGACCCCAACCAGGUACCAGAAGUGAUCAGUAGUAUCCGUGCGGUGUCAAAGUCGGCCCUGAAGGAGGACUCCAAGCCCAAGCGGGAUCCUGAAGAGGCCUUCUAUAACUCCCAGAAGUUUGAAGUGCUCUACUGUGGCAAGGUGACUAUCGGCCACAAGAAGGCUCCCUCCACCCUCAUUGAUGACUGCAUCAACAAGUUCCGCCAGCAUGAAUUGGAGCGCAAGCACCUGCGCCUCCUGAAUGACCAGCGGGGAUCCACAGAAAGCGCCCCCGUGGAGUUCAUGAUGGGGGAUGACGGAGACCCCCUCUCCUCAACCACCCGCAGUGAGGGGCUGGAGGAACCUGAGGGGCUGGAGGUGGAUGAGGUCACUAACAGAGGAGGUUCUGGAGGGAAAAUCAUGUCCAGCAGCCCCAGCUUGGGCAGCCUGCGGGGGGCCUUCCCCGAGUGCAUCCUGGAGGACUCUGGUUUCGAGGAGCAGCAGGAGUUCCGGACGCGUUGCAGCAGCCUGGCGGGCAGUCUGCAGCGGAGGCCCCUAGAGGGUGCGCUCAAAGCCGCCCCGCCACGCCGGCGCCACGCCAGUGCCCCCAACAACGUCCAGCCCUCAGACGCCGACAAAAACCGCACCAUGCUCUUCCAGGUCGGACGCUUCGAGGUGAACCUGAUCAGUCCAGACAGUAAGACGGUGGUGCUGGAAAAGAGAUUCAAAGACAUCUCGUCCUGCUCUCAGGGUAUAAACAAGACGGACCACUUUGGGUUUAUCUUUCGCGACCCGGGGGAGACUGGUCCGAGCCAGUAUGUGUGCUACGUCUUCCAGUGUGCCAGCGAAUCCCUGGUGGAUGAGGUGAUGCUUACUCUGAAGCAGGCCUUCAGUACGGCAGCAGCUCUGCAGAGCGCCAAGACACAGGUCAAGCUGUGCGAGGCCUGCCCUAUGCACGACCUGCACAAACUCUGCGAGAGGAUUGAGGGUCUGUAUCCUCCCAGGGCCAAGCUGGCCAUCCAGAAGUACCUCUCUCAACUGACUGACAACGAACAGGUCGACAUCUUUGAGCGAGUUCAGAGGAUGAAGCCUGUGUCGGACCAGGAAGAGAAUGAGCUGGUGAUUCUCCACCUCCGCCAGCUAUGUGGAACCAAGCAGAAAUCCCACCUCCACAUCGGAGAGGCCCAACUGAAAACCCCCAACACCACGACAGCACCAGCGGACAGCACAGCGGCGACGGGCGGCCGCUUCAAACUGGACAUCCUGAAGAACAAGGCCAAGAGCUCACUGACCAGCUCACUGGAGAACAUUUUCUCACGGGGCGCCAACCAGAUGAGAGGUCGCUUGGGAAGCAUGGGAAGCAUGGGGGGGAGCUUUGAGAGAGCGGACGACUCUCCCAGCGACUCCCCACCAGGCACGCCCCCUGGUUUCCCUGACGACGACCCAGAUGCCCUCCAGUUCCGGCGGCGUGCCCACACCUUCAGCCACCUGCCCGUGAAGAAGCGCAUCUCGUUCAACGACGCGUCCACCCAGGGAGUCCAGCAGGGGGGCACUGGUACCCACAGCAAGGCCCUGCUCCGUAGGCAGCAGUCUGUCAACCCCGAACUACUGCAGAGCAGUAAUGGGGAGGGCAGGAAGAGGACCCUAUCUGGAUGCAGCAGUGACAGUGUGAGUGCACCCCUCAACCUCCGCAAAGUGUCCUGGAGACAGAAGAUCUUCCUGCGGGUUGCCUCGCCCAUGAACAAGCCCACAUCCAUGCAGCACCCAGACCACUGUGAUGUGAUGGACCUGCUGCCCCUCUCCCCCCGCACCUUCGACCCAAGUCUGGACCCCCUGGCCAGCCUACUGCCCACCUCGGGCGACCCCUUCACUGGGAAGAGGCCCAAGAGGACGGCGGUGCACUACCGGGCCCUAUGGAAGACGGCGAUCCACCAGCAGAUACUGCUGCUACGCAUGGAGAAGGAGAACCAGAGACUGGAGGCAAGUCGAGACGAGCUGCACAUCCGGAAGAUGAAGCUGGACUACCAGGAAGUGGGGACGUGCAUUAAAGACGUGCUAGCCUUCUGGGACAGGAAGCUGAGCGUUCCGGGCAGAGCCAAGGUCGUCCCGCUGGACAAAGAGGAGGUCCACAAUGCAAUUUCUAAGGGUGUCCCUAAGGGCAGGCGUGGGGAGGUGUGGCUCCUCUUCUCCCAGCAGCACCGCCUAAGACACCGUCUGCCCCCCGGCCGCCACGCCCCAGACACCCCCUACCAAGACCUGCUGAAGCAGCUCACGGCCCAGCAGCACUCCAUACUAGUUGACCUGGGUCGGACGUUCCCCACCCACCAGUACUUCUCAGCCCAGCUGGGUGCAGGGCAGCUGUCCCUCUACAAUCUGCUCAAGGCCUACUCUCUGUUAGACACUGAGGUGGGCUACUGCCAGGGCAUCAGCUUUGUGGCAGGUAUCCUGCUGUUGCACAUGAGUGAGGACCAGGCCUUUGACAUGCUCAAGUUCCUGAUGUACGACCUGGGCUUCCGCAGACAAUACAGGCCUGACAUGACUUCUCUACAGAUUCAGAUGUACCAGUUGUCCAGGCUGCUGCACGACUACCACAGGGAGCUGUACAACCACCUGGAGGAACACGAGAUCUGCCCCAGCCUCUACGCAGCCCCAUGGUUCCUCACACUCUUUGCCUCCCAGUUCCCACUCGGAUUCGUCGCACGGAUAUUUGAUAUCCUAUUCGCCCAGGGGAGUGAAGUGAUCUUUAAGGUGGCUCUGUGUCUACUGAGCAGUCACGAAGGGGAGAUAGUGGAGUGUGAUAGCUUCGAGACCAUCGUGGACUACCUGAAAACUACAAUUCCCAACCUCACCCACACCCAGAUGGAGGAAACCAUCUCAAAGGUGUUGGACAUGGACAUCUCGAAGCAGCUACAUGCGUAUGAGGUGGAGUACCACGUGCUGCAGGACGAGACGGUGGAUGCUGUGCUCCAGUCAAACAACUCAGACCGCCUGGAUAAACUGGAGAAGACCAACAACCAGCUGAAGAAACAGAACAUGGAUCUGCUGGAGAAACUACAGGCGGCACGUCAGAAGAUCCAGAGCCUGGAGGCCACUGUGGGGAAUUUCCUGUCACGCGAGUCAAAGAUGAAGCACAUGAUCCGCUCGCUGGAGCAGGAGCGCCAGUCCUACCAGAAGACUAUUGAGCGCAUGCGCUCCUGCCUGCCCCAGGACGCCCUGGCUGACGUGGAGAUGACCCACAUGGUCAAGCCUGCCCAGGGGCCAAACGGCAAGGCCAAGCCCACCGCCAAGAAGCCCUAAUGGGGGAAGAGUGGAAGGCAAAGACAGGUGGUGUAUUUCCUAUGUGAUGUGUCGCCAUUUCGACAGACAGACACUGACAGUAUGGCAAUGUGGUCUGUUUUGAAUGUGCUGUGUGCGCCUGCGUGCGUGUGUCUGUGUGCGCUCACACAGGACACAAGAAGAGUAUAAAGAAGGUUCACACUCUCUGUUAGGCUGGAGAGCAGACUGAGUUGAAUGUCACUGCUCACACACCACAAACAGCUGACAUCAUGGGACAGACACUUUUUCAUUAUGUUCCAGGACAGUACACACACACACACUGUCUCCAGGACUUUCUCUCUUCCUUCGUACUGUUUUAUCCCACAUUCACAUCUGAGUCAUGUUCUCCAAUGAUUCUGAUUGAGAAGAGAGAACAAGUAAAAAGAAUGAUAAAAAAAUGAAAUAAGCUCUCGUCUGAUAUCGACUGUUAAACGCUGACCUGCCUGCAGCUUUAAAAAAAUAUGUUUAUCUUAAAAAGUUGAAUGUUGAAUAAUGUUGCAAACGGUGUUACACUGUUCAUUUUUUUGUAUUGUGAACCGAAAGCAAUUACUGAAAGUUGACCAAGUGGACAUGUAGCAUAUGUGGGUCUUUGUAAUAUGGAUGAUUUCUAUUAUUUGCUUUCUGAAAUGUUGAAACAAUGUUUAUUUUUGAUUGUCAAUCUGUCAAUCGUGUGUGCACAAUGUAGGAACUGUUAUGUUUCACAGAGUUGAUACAAAUAUGAACGGCACUCCAUGUGGAAAUUCUUUGAAUUAGGCUACUGCAGCCGAUCCACACACGUUAAAGGUUGACGAAGCCUAUCCGACAUGGUCCCUCGUCAUCAACUAGCCCGUAACCAUCGAGUUGAUGGUUUUACCACAACCCUUUCACAACCAGUCACACACAGAACUGAAUGGUGAUGUUCUUCUAUAGCUACUUCAAAUUAAGCAGCAUAUCCCACAUUUCACCAAAAAAUAUAAAUAAAUUGAUACGUUUUUAGUUAGGAUAAAUCAAGUCUAAUCAAUUUAAGAAACCUUUUUAAAACUGAAACACAAUUACAAUUCGCAUUUCCUGAUGUGCAGGAAAAUCCUUGCGACAACAGAGUGGUCAAAUUAAGAUAUUACAUCUGUAUGACACAGGCUUCACUUAUUCGACGGUUCUUAGUCGUCGUCGUGGAAAUUGCUUAUGUAAUGCUUAUUUCUUUUUCAUAUCAGUGCUUUUCUUAGGGUGGGUGUUGGUUGUGGUUUCAUUGUUAUUUGCCUUAAUGUACUCUCCUGUACUGCCUUUGGAACCAAAGAGGUUUUAAUGCUUUCGUUGCUAAAUGGUUAGCAACCAGAAGUGUAUUAUAAUUCACGCAAGUGUUUUUUUUCUUCUAUUUAAUCAAAUGAUCACUGUUACUAUUUCAGCGCUGUUUUUCAACACUGUCAGUGUUUAGUUGUUUCAAAAUGUUCUGUGUUUUCAUGUUAAACAAGCUAAAAAGAGAUCUAGUUCUGGGUCAUACAAAGACAACCGUCCUUUUGCUAUCUUGAGAUUCAUGUCUUACAAAGAUGCUCCAUUGGAAAUGUAGGCUGGCCAAUCGUCAUUGAUCAUCAGAGAAUGAACUAGAUUAAAGUCAUGUUCUUGUGUUAACUCAUAAGUGCCAAAUAAAAGCAUGAAUGCAGUCUUCCUUAUCUACCCUGAAUCGGAGAUAAGCUUAUGACCGUGAUUGAGGGUGAUAUAUGGGAAGCCCUAAUGGCUGGCUUGAGUGUUUGCAAUGUUCAUUAUCUUACUGUUGCGUCUGUGUAGGUAGCCUACAUCAUCGCAUAGUUCAAUCACUACUACGGAAUAACGCCGAUUGUGUUUUAAUUCAUGUCGAUUGCCUGUUUUUGUUGAAAUGAGGCCUCACAAAGAAAAAUGUCACGUGUACUUCAAUAAAUCACACCUUGACUGCCUUU